AAGCAGCUCCGAGACUCGAACAUGGCGGCCGCCCGGGGCCUCCGCUGGGGCCUGAGCCGAGCCCGGGCCUGGCUGCUACCACCACCCGCGCUCUGCCCCCGCCGGGAGCUGCACAAGCAGGUAGACGGCACCGAAUUCCAAAGCAUCUACAGUCUGGACAAGCUCUACCCGGAAUCGCGGGGCGUGGACACCGCCUGGAAGGUCCCGGAUGACGCAAAGCAAGCCAACAAUGACAUUCCUCUGGAUCGUUUGACAAUAUCUUAUUGUCGGAGUAGUGGUCCUGGAGGCCAGAACGUUAACAAAGUGAAUUCCAAGGCUGAAGUCAGGUUCCACUUGGCCACCGCAGACUGGAUUGCAGAGCCUGUGCGGCAGAAAAUAGCUGUCACGCAUAAAAAUAAGAUCAACAAGUCAGGAGAGCUGAUCCUCACCUCUGAAUGCAGCCGCUAUCAGCUCCGAAAUCUGGCAGAUUGCCUACAGAAAAUUCGAGACAUGAUCGCUGAAGCCAGCCAGCCAGCCAAGGAGCCCUCCAAAGAAGAUGCUGCACUAUGGAGAAUCAGGAUAGAAAGGAUGAAUCGGGAAAGGCUGAGAAAAAAGAGAAUCAGUUCUGCUGUAAAGACAAGCAGGAGGGUAGAUAUGGACUGAAGUCGCCCUCCAGAGCUGGCAGACACCCUCUGCAGGGCACCCAGGCCGCCGGCCGAGAGCUUUGGUGCCGUUGGGAGACUGACGUGCUGCUCGCGGUUGCUGACACUGCUCGUCUCUGAGACUGGAGCUGUCUGGGGAUGUUCAUUCGGAAUGAGGGCGGCAGGCACUGGCUGCCGAGGUCCCUACGGGCAAUGACAUGUUGUCGAACCUUAAUUAGCCACCGUAUGUAUGAGCGUCAAUAAAAUUCUAAAU